GUUGUGUGGUGGUGGGGGGGGGGGGUAGGAGGGAUGGGGACAUGAUGAGAGGCCGUGGGCACACACCACGUGGCCUACGCCAACAGCUUGCAGUCUCCCUACUGGUCUGCAACAGGUAGGCGGCCAGGUAAGGCCAGGGUGAGCUGUGCGGCUUGUCGCACAGGACCGUCUUGUCUCGCUGUCGCACUGUCGCACACAGGGUCUGGAGUAGCCUGUUUUACCUGCCACUUCCCUUUUGCGGUGCGCGCGCAGGGCAGGGGACCCCCUAACUGCGACCCUUGUGCCACGUUUGAGAGAAAGAGAGGGAGAGAAGACGGAACGCGCUGUUACGCUGUCACGCAGGCAGACAGACACCCAACACGCAAGGGGAAGGGUAACCACCCGUUUCUUCCACCAGUUACAACCUCGCCUGCCCUGGGUGGUUUGUUGUGAACACACGGGUAGAUCGGGUGUGUGCGUGUGUGUGAAAGGUAGAUAGAUAGCCUGGCCUUCGAUGUGGAUACGUCAGCCUCUGUACCUGUGGAUUCCUCCAAUUGCGAGAGAUGAAGUGACCGCCCUUGCCGACACCACCAUGCACCUGUAGUGGGACUUCCACAAGCCUCGUGCUGUGUUGUCGUACCGCGUAUAUCUCUUCCAUCUGGUAGCCACUGCCGUCAAUCUCCUGCUGCUUGUUCUCGCUACAAACCCAGGUGUUCGGGGCUCAGAAGUUUCUACUUGUGUGCAUCCCACUCUUUCUUCACGUCCGAAGUUCGUGAUCUUCUAACGGACUGUCCGGCUGGGUGUCCGGACUCCAAGCAUUUUCCACCUGUUCCCUCCCUCCCCCUCUUACCUGUGAUCCAGCCACACCCACCCUCACCCUCAACCUCCAAUUUUUGAACACGGCGACUGUAUUGUGUACCACGUGUACAAAUAUUCCCCAUCAUCUGAUUAUCUGGGUGGACGCUCUGGACGAGAACUAGCGAAAUGCCAGAGAAAAUGACCAACACCUCUCAUCUCGUCAUGCUCUUCGUCGUCUCCGCGGGGAAGAACGGAGAGGAUCUUGGCUCCGAUGAGGAACAGAUUGUUUUUCUCGUCUACCUCAUUUACGACGUCACCAACGAUAAGGUGGUGACGCUGAAGGCCCACUACGUGAAGCCACAGCCCACGGACCUGGCGGAGACCAUCUUGACGGACGAGUGCAAGGAGGAGACGGGGCUGGACGAGAACGCCGUGCGCAACGGUCAGCCACUGGACUUCGUGCUGGAGGAGCUGGACAAAUCUUUGAUUUCCAAAGGAGUUCAUCCUGACCAAGGUGGCGGCUCCUUCUGUUUCCUGACGGACGGCCAGUGCCACAUGCGGCAAUGCGUGCACCACGAGGCCUGCUCGAAGAACAUGAGCCUCCCGUCCUACUUCUACCGCUUCUACGACCUCAGGAAAGAAUUCCGAAAGCGCUACGACUACGGACCAGUCACAAGCGUCAAAGCCAUGUUAGAUUACCUGGGACUUGAUGAGGACCAGAGCGCGGAGUACGGAGUGAGGCGCUCACAGGACAUGGUGUCCAUCGCCCGCAGACUCAUCAACGAUGGUCACGUGUUCGGGGAAUCAGAAGUUGUCAACGAACGAUUAGAAAGCGGCAUUUGCACAAAGGACGAGUACGUGGAUGACAACACGGUGGUGCGAGCUCGUGGGUUGCCAUGGCAGUCCUCCGACCAGGACAUCGCUCGCUUCUUCAGAGGACUUAACAUCGCCAAGGGUGGCGUGGCCUUAUGCCUGAGCCCCCAGGGCAGGAGGAACGGGGAGGCGCUGAUUCGCUUCGAGAGCGACGAGCACCGUGACCUGGCCCUCCGGCGCCACAAGCACCACAUCGGACAGCGCUACAUCGAGGUGUACAAGGCCUCCGGCAAGGACUUCAUCAACGUCGCCGGUGGUAGCAACACAGAGGCGCAGGCGUUCUUGUCACGUGGGGGUCAGACACUGAUGAUUGUGCGCAUGCGCGGACUACCGUUCACUGCCACGACGGCCCAAGUGCUGGAAUUCUUCAGCAGAGAGCCCAACUCUUGUCAAGUCCUGGACGGUGAGGAGGGUAUCCUCUUCGUCCACUACCCCGAUGGCCGUUCCACGGGAGAUGCUUUCGUGCUGUUCUCUAGUGAAGAGGAGUCCAGCAAGGCCCUCAAGAAGCACCGAGAGUCCAUGGGCCAGCGCUACAUCGAGCUCUUCAAGAGCACCACGGCGGAGGUGCAACAGGUUCUCAAUCGUAACAUGGAUCCGAGGAACCCCGAGCAGCCGGAGAAUCAGUUACCUCCGUUGAUCGCGCAGCUGCCCACUGCCAUCCCCCUGGUGCCGCAGAACCUCAUCACCACCGGCACCCGCCGCGACUGCAUUCGCCUGCGAAACUUACCUGCCGGCGCCCAGGUGCCAGACAUCCUGACGUUCCUCGGCGAGUUCUCGCAGUACAUUGUCUACCAGGGCGUCCACAUGGUCUUAACAGCACAGGGUGAGCCGUCCGGCGAGUCGUUCAUCCAGCUAGACUCGGAGGAAGCCGCCACGCUGACCACCAUGCACAAGCACCGACGCCCUAUGACCUUCGCCAAUAAGAAGCGCAUCAUUGAUGUCAUCCAGUGCAGCGGCGAGGACAUGAGUCUCGUGUUGGCCAGCAACAUGCCCACCCUGGGCCUGACCCCCAUCAUGCCUCAGGUCGCCUCCGUGCCUCAUACAGUCGCCUCCAUGCCUCCUGUGCCCAUGUCUCUUCACCAACGGCCCAUCCUGUCAGCUGGGGGCAUCAUGACGGCGCCGACGUUGCAGCUGACGACGCACCCGACCGCCACCAUCGGCACGAUGCAAGUGACGCAGAUACCCCAGCCGCUGCAAGCAGCCUUCCCGCCUCCCAUGACGCAGCUGCCGCAACGCCCGACCUACUUCCCCCCGAUUAUCUACUGGUACCCGAGCCCUCCUGUCUCUCCUCAGACCUACUUCACACAUCCGGGGCCCUGCGUCAUCGUUAUGCGGGGCCUGCCCUAUAAUGUUACUGUGCAGGAUGUAAUGAACUAUUUCCAAGGCUUUCCCGAGGUGACCCCAGAGUGCGUACAGCUGCAGCGUAACACGGAAGGCAAGCUGAACGGCGAUGCUCUCAUCACUUUCCUCUCUCGUGGAGAAGCGGAGCGCGCCAUCGUCGAACGCAACCGCCGCCAUCUUGGAAAUCGCUUCAUCGAGUUGUUCAUGGCUUAAACGGACGACGGCGAAGAUGAAAACAAAGAGACAAACAUGCUUCUGUCUACUUUUACCCAGCCGAGGCCUAAACUGCUGCGCUCCUUUUUUUUGCAGUCGUGUCCCGUGCUGCUUGGAAUCAAUCGCCUGUGACCAACGGCUCUGGGUAUUUGGUUUGACUGCGUGCCUGUGUAGUUUGUGUGUGCGUUUGUGUGAGAGAAGGACAGAGAAAGAGGGAGAGAGGAAGGCAGAGAUCUUGUGUCAUUUUCCAAUGCAGUUUCUUUAAGAAUCGAUCAUGGAUAUAAACUGAAUAUUUGGUUUUAUGGCUGAGAAUUUUCCAUGAUUUUUGUUGCCGCAGCUCACAAAAAGUUGCAUGAAUAUAAAUUUAAUCACUUUAGGACCAGUUAGUAUAGCUUUUGUUUGGAGGCAAAGCUGGUUCCUAAUAUUUUUAUCUACAUCUAAUCUCUCCUAUGUAAUCAGUUAAUGCCACUUGACUAUAGGGGCAGUAUUAAGUUCAAAAUUUGUGCCGUACACAAAAAAAGUUGUUCUUUGCAUUAAUAAACAGAAUGUGUGCCUUUGAAGUCAAGUUUUCAACAUACAUUCAUAUUUUUACAAUGUGGAAUCCUGUUGAUAAUAUUUAUCUGGAUAUCAUCAACUUUCCAUCGACCAGCUCUAUGCAGACACCCGUUACACGUCGCAUGUAAAACCAGUAAAAACAGUGUGUUACUGCAUCAGGCUACAAAUGACUGAAAAACAUUUUUGAACGAGAAGAUUUUUAAAUUGGCAAACUUGAAAGAAAGAAGAGAGAUUUUAACUUAAAUAAUCAACGUUAAGAACACGUUUGGCACAUAAGAAUUAGUUGGAAGAUCGGCGACAAACUUCACCAAUGUUCAUGUUGCUAAUGUUGGACACAGCGUAAGUACAUAGAGACACUACGUUUUAGGGUUAAAAAAAAAUCAUGAUUGACUUUGUGCCUUGACUGGUUCCUUUACCAUUGUGUUGAAAUGGCUGAUACGUAAACUAUGCACAAACCAUGACUUCCAUGUCUUGUUGGUCUCUCGGGCAAGGUUUUCCCGCGAAAACAAGCUCAAGCAUUCCUGCUGCCUUAUUGAUCUGAAAAACGUCUUCGAUCUGAUUUUCUCAUCUUGGUUACUUCGAUGUAAUUUUGAUAGAAAUUUACUUUAACGAAUAUCACUGGCGUAGUGUGGAAGGUCUGACUUUGUACGUGUGAGUAGAGACACCCUCUCGUGUCUGGUUUUUUUUUUUUUUUUUUGGUCACUACUUCCUAACGCAUUCCUUGCACAUUCCCUUCUCUGUUAAAAUAAGCACAAUUACUACUUUACCAUAAAUAAGUUAAAAUGACUUCCGACUUAUGCAAGAAAAUAAGCAGCAGCGGCAAUGAAAUAUUUAUCAUGUAUUUACAAUAGGGCAAUUGUAGAUUUGGAAGAGAACAGAAAGAAUCGGACUAGUGCGUUUGACGGUUUUUACUCAUUAUCUGUAUCUUUGUCACUCACUCACAUAUAUAUUCGUGUUUACUUAUUCACUUACUAUUAUUUACUUAUUCUUAGCAUGGUUUUUGUUUUACAAUCUUUGUGCGCAGCGUCUGAAAUACGGUUAUUUUUGUUGUAGUUUUUUUUUUGUUUUUUUUCUCAAGUUUGCCAUGAAAAAUAUUUGGAAACUGGCUGCUGUGUUUAAGAGGAAAAAUUGGCAAAUUUCUUUUCGAGCUUUUCAGCGGAAUCACAUUAAAUUCAUACAGUAUUUGCCUCCAGUGUGAUUAGGAAAAAAUUUGCCUGCUGUUUACAUUCCACUGUUUAAAACACAAAAUUGUCGCUCGUUAACCACAUUCCACUGUUCAAAACACAGAAAUCGUCGCUCAUUAACCAUAUUCCACUGUUUUUAAGAUCUGAGAACCGUCGCUAACUAACCACGUUCCACUUCCUUUAGUCAUGUUCUCCAUCGCUAAAUAACCACAUUUCACAAACUUGAAAUCAUAGGUUUCUUCGUUAAAUAACCACAUUUCACUAACUAAAACAUGGAAGAACUGGUUGAUUAUUUCACAGAGCUGUGUCACUUACUGUGCCAUGAUUGUUUUUGCGACUGUACGCAGGUCUGAGACGGAAAGUAUGUGUACAUAAAACAUUUAUAUGCAGUGCGUUAUUUGUUCUAUAUUGCCCUUACUGUGUACAGUUUUUCUUUUUGUUUACAUAUCAGCGUCGUUAUUUUAUGCAUCCUUGGAAAGAAGUUAUAUUUCCUUCACUUGUGGCCAGAUUUUUUUCAAAGGCCAUAUGAUAGGGACUUGUUGAUGCAACUUUGUAUUAUAAUUACUAUGAUUAUUAUUAUUGCAAUUUUUGUUGUGCAAGAUAUCAACUAUAAAAUUGUUUAUCUACAGAUUUUGUGCCCAGGCAGAUGGCUACACUUGUCACAGAAAGUGGUCCACUUUAUUUUACAGUUGUUGCGCAUCUGGCACGAGAGGCUAGUGUACCUACUGUGCGCCUCAAAAUGCGAGCCUCAGUUCAGGGGAGAAAACAAAAUUAGUCUCUUAUCGCCCUUUCUUGGUGUUUUGUUCAGCAAAAAGAAAUGUGAGUAAUAGUCAUUGCCAUACCGUUCCUGAAAUUUCGGUAAUUUUCAUACGAUUGCUUAGCAAAUGUUGCAAAGCUUCUCUGCGAUGCAGCUGGGUUCAGUUCUCGUUUCAGGACAUUUUGUAUGUGACAUCUGUUCGCAGGGCUGACCGUCAGAUUUCUCCAGGUACUCUGGUUUUCUCCUUUCCCCCUUUCUCACCUGCUCUUCCUCUCUCUCUCUUCCCCUCUCAGAGUGCAGAAUCACAAGGUGAGCAACCAACCGUGAGACUGUGAGGUAGAGGACAUGGGGACUGUCUUUACGAAAAUACUGGCCCCGAGAUAAGUGCACUCCUCAACAACCGCAAUUUCAACUGGCUUUUUUAAUUUUUAUUGGAAGUUAAAUGUGGUGCUCUGCCAGUGUAGAUCAUCGCUCACCCUAGUCACGUUUUCUUCAAGUUUAAGUAGCCUGACCACUGAUGUGAUACAUUUUAAUAUGAUGUGUGCCAUCUGCUUGGGCUUAUAUAUAACCACAAUGUACAUAUAUAUGUCUCACAUUUCUGAGCAAUACCUGGUCUUCGUCAACCAACACCGAGUUUUUGUGGGUUUAAUUUUUUUUUUCUUUUAGGGGGAAGGGAGGUAGGGGUCAGAUAGGGGAUUCGGAACGCUGGGUUUGACAUAGUUCGGGUGGAGUCGGGGUGUGGAAUGUGUUCCGUCUUACAGUGAACUUUAUUUAUUUUUUAUGAUUUUUUUUUUUUUUUUUUUUUUUUUUUUUUUGAAGUGAGAGUUGGUACAGCCGCUGUCGCUUCUGUCCGACCAAUGCGGCCUGCUCUGGCAAUAUCCUAAUCUAGUCACGAGUCGCAGGGUACCCGUUCUGCUCCAGGUGCGCGCGCAUUGAUGUCGUUGUCUAAGGUGUUCGUACCGUAUUCCUUCAUGUCAACGCCCUCGCGAUGCAAUGCUUACACGUUUUGGCAAUAAGGCAUUGGCCUCCUGCACAGAUGUCUUCCUGAACUUAGAUUUGAGUGCUUGUUAGGAGUAGGGUUGACCUCAUUCCUUUUGGCUGAUAGAACACAAGCAGUCCUGUCUAGUGUUCCAUUUGCAAUUCUGCACUCUUUUCAAAGGAGUAACAAUCCAAGUCAAUGACACUAAUCAAAAUAAUUUCAUAUUUUGAAAUAUCCGAAAUCUUAUCGUCAUUUUCUUAUUUAUAAAUACCACUUCGUGUAUAUUAAUGGUUAAAUAAUAUAUAGUUCAAAACUGUAUCGAUACAAAAAAUUAUACUUUAUGCAGUUCAUAUAACCCUUACAACUUUUCUCCUGAUUAAUUGUAAAAGAAAAACACUUUUAUUUACAAAGAAUACUAACUGCAUAUCUGAGAAGAACUCUAAACUAAAAAGGAACAUAAAAGUGCACUUUUCUUUGUUGGGUUAUCUACUAUUAUGAAAACAGUACGGGACGAAACGCGACAUAAAUCUUUCUCUUCUGUUAAGCCCAUUUUGGAUUUUUUUUGCAAAAUGUUAAAAACCAGUUAAAGUAUUGUGCAAGUGUCUUUAUCUGAUAUUGUCCAGGUCUUCUGCCCCAUGUUUGAGAAUUUUAAAAUGGCGAGAAUAUCACAAGAAGAAACGCUCUUGUAAUGCAGAACUAAUAUGGUUUUCAUAGGAGACCUUUUUGUCUGACCUUUCUCAGUCUCAGCUCUGUGUGUAGUUUCUUGCUCGAGGACUGAGGAGGGCUGCUCCAAAGUCCUUUUUAACUUGUUAUUUAUUUACUACAAACUGCUGCCAGUUUGUUGUCAGUUGACAGGAUUUCUGACACUAUUUGAUUAUUUCUCAAUAAUUGAGCGACGUCUUGGAAGAAUCGGACAGAAAUAUUGCACGUGCAAUAUGAUCCUGCUUUUGUAAUCUGACAUUGGGUGCAGUGUCGUCAUCAUUCCAAUGUCUGUUUUUAAGUUUAAAAAACACAAUAUUUUUAUUUUAAGGAGAUAACAAUUAAUAUUGUACAUUUUUUCUGUGUAUAAAGAACAUUUCAGUUUAUCGAUUCAGAACGUUUGUAUUGUCUAGAGAUUUAAUAAGUAUGAUGUUCGCCGUUUGUGCCUUUUUUGUGAAAAAAAAAACUGUGCUUUGUUUGCUGCUAUUUUAUUGUAAACAAAAAUUUUACAGCGAUAUACACGUGUACAUUUUACCGCCUUCCAGCUGCCUUCUGUGACUUUAAUUAUUUUACUUCAGAAUAUUCUCCUUUUAGUGUAGAUAUGCAUAAUGUUCAAUAAAAAUUCUUUUCACAGUUUAUCUGUCUGGUGAUGGAGCUUACAUGGGCGCGGGUAUUUACGAUUUCAUGUUGGUGACGGUGUGUUGUCUUGUGAGUCAGUUUUGGACUGGUCUUUGCUCUAGUCAUUUGUCUGCACGCUGUUUAUUUUUUUUUUUCUUCCAACCAUCCUUUUUCCCUCUUGUAUGCGUCUUACCCUUUGAAACAACGUGUUGUGUGAUGGGAUUUACAUUUAUAUACCUCUGUUUAUGUUUCUUUUGUUAUUUUUGGAGGAGGUAAUUGUUUAACGGCGGUUUGGGGUUCCUACUUUUAUUUUACUAACAGUCUCAACAUCCAACCUGCUUGCUUUAAAAAAAUAAAUAAAUCUGACGAGCAAGAAGAGCCAUGAAAGGUUUUACUUCUUGCUCGUUGGGUGCUCUAUAUUCUUCUAGAGUCUGGUACCCCUCGACACUCUCUAACCCAUGUCUUAUUACGUUUCCCUAAGUGUAACUUGUAGAAUUCUGAUAGUCAGGUGGUGGGCAUUCCUUGUUGCCUCAAGGAGUAUGAUAAUGAAGACGAGUAAUCUUGUAUUCUUGUUAACCGAUCUUAAGUGAUGACAGUCGUGAUAAUUUUCUGUGACAAAUUUGUGUUAAAAAGAGUGUUUUUUCUGCAGUCUGUAGGACAGUCAAGGCUUUAUUUAUCCCUACUACCCACCCACCCCUACUAAAAUUCUUCCUUUUUGUCCCUCGUCUGGUUCAGACCUUUAAUUGUUUGUCUUGCUGUUUUCACUGCCAGGGUUUAAGAUCUCUACAAAUCUUGUAAAGAUAGAAGCAUUUAAAAUUUACUUUUUUUUUCUUUUUUUUUAUUUUUUUCUUUUCUUGAAGUAUGCUGAUGCUUGGUGAACGCUGAUAGAGAUAUUUUGCUGUGGAAAUAAAAAAAGAAGACUGUGAGUAGCACAAAAAGUUGUAAAUAAUACCAACACGCCUUUCAUCUCAUCAUCUGCGUAGUAAGAGUGCAUGUACUUAAGCAGGUACUCACGUACGUAUUAAUCACUCAUCUUGGCUUUUUUUUUUCUUUUUAAUUAUAUUCCGUUUCAUUUUUUUACAUUGUUUUUAAUUAUUCAUAUUUUUCUUAUUUUUGGCCGCUGAAUUCACCUAUUUCAGAAAAACUUGCCAAUGUCUCACUGAAAGCGAUGAUCUGAAUAACCCUUUAUUUUUUCAUUACAGCUGUUUAUCUAAAUGUCUCAACUUUACCCUUAACAAGGGUACAUUAUUUGGACUCGAAUAUUGACGAAGAAUGAGAAGUACUACAUAUGAAAAUAGAGCUUAGCCAGUAGAAACCUUAUUGUGUUUCAGUAAUGUAUCAUUUUUAAAUAGUUUUUUUGUUGCAAUUUUUAUCCGUUGAAAAUGUCCUGUGUAGUUGUCCUUUACGUGCCACAAAAUACUAGUCAAUGAACUUGCACAUCUUCGAAUUAAAAAAAAAAGUCGCUUGAACACGACUAUAAUCAGAAUUGGUUCUGAGCUAGGCUUUCGAAAGUUAUCGUCCCCAGUGCUCAGAUUCUGACAUUCUCACAUUGAUAGUUGUGAUCCCUCUUUGCCUCUGCAACAGCUUGUCUCUUUUCAUUUUACCUGGAAAAAUAGUUACUUUCAAGUAUGCCCUCGAUUCAUGACAGGAUGAUAAUUUACUGGGUAGUGAAGGGGUUAAAAAAAUCAGAGAAAGGUUGCAUAAAAUAUUUUGAGUAUGUUUCUUUAGAGCUUAGUAAAUUCUGUCCAAAUCGAUGUAUUUCGAAACCCCUUUCUUUGUCUUUGUUUUUGCAUGCUGUCUCAAUAUAAUUGUUAUGGUAAAUAACCAUAUCUCACAGCUUGGCAUUACUGAAAAUAAUAAAAGCAUGUCUCCGGUUCCCAUGACAAAAGACUCCUUUAACUGAUCUCCUAGACAUCUCUGUAUUACCCUUCUCUUUUCUUCUUUUCAUUAUCUAAUAUUUGGACCACACUGCAUAGAUGCUCCAAAACACUGUGACGAUAGAAUAUAUAUAAUGUUAUCUGAUUCGUCGCUGUUUUCUGAGCUUUUCAAAGCAUGAACAACAUGCUGAGAUUUAUAACAGACAAAAGGCCAAAACAUUCCAGUUUCCUGACUCACGCGCAAGAGAGCUUCUGCUUUUUGCCUUUUUAUGAUACGAAGCAGCGCCGUCACUCACGACAAAUGCACUGGACAAGAUGUAUUUAUAGAGAGAUAUUCAUAUACUUACGUACAUGUUUUUCGAGGUCUGGCUGACCCCACAUUGUUGGAGGUUUCAGUCUCGCUUCAGUUUUUGGACCAUCUUGCAGAGCAGAUGGUCCCACGACAUAUCGUUUUAGAACUGUGUAUUUUAAUUAUUGCAAUGUGUAAGUAUUGUUGUUUAAAUUAUUGCAGUAAUAAACGUACCGUAGAAACACC